AUCGCGCUACUGCGCAUGCUCAGUUCCAUCCUUGCUCUUUUUCGUUUCUGUCAGUCGGCGCCUGUCCGUUGAGAGGAGCGGUCGCUCGGUUGAUUAGAGGCUUCCUUUUUGUCCCCUCCCGCCCGACGACAUGGCUGAGCCCGCGACCCAAUCUCCGUAUAUUUCUUCCUCUGCCGGGAGCGGCUCCUCGGAACCGGGAGGCGGGCGAGACGCGAAAGGAGCCCACCAAGCCUGUGCGGAUUCCUUUGUUUCUUCCUCUCAGCCUGUCUCUCUCUUUUCGACCUUACAAGCUGGAGCUGAAGACACGUACUUAACACAUUCAGGAAACCAAAGGGAAGCCAAUAGCAAACCGUCACCCCAAAAUAUGGAAAAAGAAUUAAUCAGUGGCCAAAAACAGGACCGUGACUAUGGGACCAGUGACGUUCUGGAGAUGAAGAAAGCUAUGGGAUCACCUGGCCGAGAUGUUGGAGCCAAAGUUGACAAAUUCAGCCCUGAUUCACCAGGCCAUAAUAUUAAGGAAGAUUCCUCUGUAGAUGAUAGAACAGAUCUGAAUGGAUGUGACCAACUGAAAGAGAUGGCUUCAAGUGUAGAGUCCAAAUUUGCUUUGCUCACGAGCGUGAAAGAUGAGCCUGAGCAACCUCCAACCAGAGUUACAUAUCCGCAUUCUUCUCCAUCCCCUGCGGCAGCCAGUGAGGCUGUGAUGGACAAGGAAUCCCCCGAAUCUCCAUUUGAGGUCAUUGCUGACAAGCUGGAAUUUGAUAAGGAGUUCAAAGACAAUUCCAGUGACAUUGGAAGCAACUGGGUGAUGCACAGCGAAAGGGAGCUGCUGACAGAUAUUCCAGAAGACAGUGUUUGCGAGUUUCAGGUGAAGCCACGGAGCGGGGGGAGACUACCCUCAGGACCUGGACUCUCGCGGCAGUCUUCAGGUACAACCGCAGCCCUCGAAGAGGUCUCCAAAUGUGUCCGCGAGAUGCAUAGCUUCACAAGUGAGCUACUCAACUGGGAUUUGAUCCCCAAGGAUCUUGAUGAGAAGCCUGAGGAUGUUGUCAACUCGGGUCUCUCUGUAUCACCCACCAAAGAGGCCAGUAGUGUCGUUGCAGGAUUGGAACGUGGUAAUAAACAAGGGGGGAAAACGACCACAGCUCAUCAACCGAUCACCAUUAGCCUGCAUCAGCAAGGCAAGCCAUCUCUGAAGGAGGAAGAGAAACGAGUUACCGGUCAAGAGGCAGUUGCUGGAAAAAGUAUCCGCACUGGUACAGCAGAGCUGAAAACCAGUAUCCCUUGGUCAAAUUCUGUCCUGCCUGAAACAACUGAUGCGGACAGUUCUGGCGAGUCUGACGAUACCGUCAUCGAGGAUGCCCCACCGGAUCCAGCUUUCCAGACUAAGACUACGGAGGGCAGAAAUGCACCCUCAAAUCCAUUUAGCUCAGGCAAAUUGGAGACUGUAAGUGAUGAAGAGCCAUGUGAACUCAGCCAAAAAGGGAAAUUUUCUCCCAAUUUGGGAUUUGCCGAUGACUUGAAAUCAACCCAGGCCAAGACGGCUGCUCUUGGGGGAAGUCCAGUCGCUGCUCCACAGCAUCCCAUGCAGUCGAAUCCCCACCUUCCUCCCAAAGCAGGUCAAGAAGUGGAUGCUUAUGGCAAACAGUCCAAGACUGAUGGAUUCACUCUUUUCACAAGAGGAGCUUCUCCUUCCUUUCCCUUGGAUGACAUGAAAAAGGCCACAGGUCCAGGCAUGGUCAAGGCCGAGGAUUUCCUGCACUUCAUGAAAGACAGUGACUCCCCUGAUGACCCUGUGGAGACCUUCUCUGAAGCAGAGCUGAAAGCAGCGAGAUCGGAAGUGGUCGCUCCAUACUUCCAGCAGCCAUCACAAGCCGGUCAAGACUUUGAGCAGGAACACCUUACGAUCAAGGCCCUCAAAGAAGUAGGCCGGAAGCCUGAGACGGAGAGGCAGCCAAGGCAGCUGUCUCCAUCCGGCGGGAGGAAUCUUGGCCAGUAUUUUGAUAUCCCACCAGAACCUCCAGUGCAUUCUCAGAAGUCUGCCUUGGAGAAGAGACCCCUUUGUCUUGAGCAGGCGGUGGAUGUGAAGUUGGCUCCAGCCCCGUCCAACCUUGGUAUCCAUAACGUUCCAAAUAAAUCUUCCCAGGCUGCUCCUCCCGUGCCUCCCAUGCUACACACAAUCAUAGAACUACUGGCUAAAUUCUCAGUGCGCGAUCUGAUCUUUUGGCGGGAUGUGAAGAAGACGGGCCUUGUCUUCAGUACAACGUUGAUCUUGCUCCUCUCCUUGGCCGCUUUCAGCGUCAUCAGCGUUAUCUCCUACCUUAUCCUGGCACUGCUCUCGGUCACCAUCAGCUUCCGGGUCUACAAGUCCGUCAUCCAGGCCGUACAGAAAUCUGAAGAGGGACACCCAUUCAAGGCUUACCUGGAUCUGGAUGUUGCGCUGUCUUCAGAGGCUUUCCACAACUAUGUCAGCUCCGCUAUGGUGCACGUCAAUCAUGCCCUGAAAGCCAUCAUGCGCCUCUUCCUGGUGGAAGAUUUGGUGGAUUCGCUGAAGCUGGCAGUUGCCAUGUGGCUGAUGACCUAUGUCGGGGCCAUCUUCAAUGGGAUCACUCUUCUCAUCUUGGGCGAGUUGCUGGUUUUCAGCCUGCCCCUUGUGUAUGAGAAGUACAAGACUCAGAUUGACCAUUAUGUUGGCAUUGCCCGGGAUCAGAUCAAGUCUGUCGUUACAAAGAUCCAAGCAAAGCUUCCUGGAGCUGCGAAGAAAAAGCCGGAAUAACUUUGCCCAGGGAGCUAUGACCCGGAUGUUAACUAAAUCGAAUCACCGAAAAAACAAACCAACUACCCCUUGUGUCAUAGUUAUAACCAUUGUUACUUGUACCUAUGAAGGAAAACGCCAAGUCAGCUUGAUGUCUGCAUUCCAAGCUUACUGAUUUCAUUUUUAUUAUUAUUAUUAUUAUUAUUUUAAAUUCUACCUCCCACCCCACCCCAAGCGUAAACACUGGGCUUAGGAUGCACUGGACUAAAUAGGAACGGGUGCCUGACAUUUACAGGUGGGGAGGAGCUGGUGGGCCUCUUUCUUGACCUUUUUGCAGGUGGAAACACACAGUUGAUGGGUCAUCAAAAGCUGGAGAUGCUCUUUUUCUGGUUUCUCAACCACGCAACUACAAGCUGAAGGUAGCCUCCAUCUCCCAGGGCUUGGAAAUAAUUGGCUAACCCAGUCUUAUUCGAAUAUUCAGCAUGAUUUCCAUGAGUUUUAGUUCGUGACUGAGAGAGGGACCAUUGAAAGGGAGGAGCACUAGGGACCACAGAGCGACCAUUUGGGACCACUUUAAAUAUGUGAAGCAUUUUAAAAUAAAUUAUUGGCGUAAUGAA